UCAGCCGUGCCGAUGAAAUCGGCGGAAACAAGCUGCGAUUUGACCAUGUCGUCUUCACCUGGUAUGAGCCAUCACUGAAGGUAUACGAAGUGAACAAGUGGCUUUUUCAUGAUGCUGUUUGGUGUGCUGGAACCUUCGCAGCGGUGAUGAUUUUGAUGAUUCUGAACAUCCAGAGUGUCUUCCUGACAAUCUUCGGCCUGCUUGGUGUGUUGCUAGCGUUCAUUGCAACGUUCUUCUUUCACUACAUUGUCAUGGGAUACACCGCAUUGACAAUUCUGGACUUCCUCUCCUUGUUUCUGAUUGUUGGAAUCGCAGCAGACGACAUUUUCAUUAUGUGCCACACCUUCUACUUGGCACCUGCUAUUCUUGGAGAUCACAGUACACCUGAAGACUGCAUGAAAUGGGCCUACAAACAAGCUGGAGAGGCGAUGCUGGUCACAACUGCUACAACAGCGGGGUCCUUCUAUGCCAAUUGUGUCUCUGUCUUGAUAGUGGUGAAGCAGUUCGGCUUCUUCAUGGGUACUCUGGUGGUUUGGAACUACAUCAAUGUCAUGGUGAUUCUUCCUGCUGCGCUACUUGUGCUUGAGUUGUACAUUCGGCCAUGCAUCCAGUGUUGCUUCUUGUGUAGUCGCAAGAACUACUUUUCUGGAGGACCCGAACGGCAAAGUGAUCCAGACAUCGAAGACAUCAGGCUUGCUGUAAUACCAGAGCUGGAAGACUCGGAAGACUCCAAACAUCGAGGUUCUGUUGGUUCUGUUGGUUCUGUUGGAUGCCAAAAAGAAGAUGGAGGUCGAGCAUACCGCACCAUGCGAAACUCCUGGCGCACAACCGUAACUUCCGCAGUCUCUGGCCAAGCAAGGACUUCGGCAGUGAAGCGUUUAUCCGCAAUAGCAGACCGGGUUCAGUCUCAAUUGGUGACGAACAUGAGGACCUUGGCUUCGAGGGCUACGUUUCAGGUCGCCAUCCAUAGGGACCUAGACUUGGAGAAGCUUUCUGGCAUCGAGCGCGCCAUGCAUGAUCGCUUCUACCCAUUGCUUUUGCAUGGGCGUUCUUGCUGGCUGUUUCUGUCCCUCGUGCUCAGCGUAGUGGGUGGGUGGCUAGCUGUCUCUGGCUUUACUUUGGCCAAAGGAGAUUUGGAGAUUUUUCCAGAGAGUGUCAAUGUUGGCCGUUUGGAGCGGCUGCGUAAAGAGGUCUUCACGUCUGAGGACCUUAUGGAGAGAGAUGUGACUUCGACAUCAGUUCCAACUGUCCGCGCCACGAACAGUCCAGCGUUGGUAGCAUCUGAACACAUUGGGGGGUUGCUGGGGCAUAGACAAUUUGUGGUGCUGUCUGAAAGGAAUCAAGGCCGCUAA